CCGUCACCAUGCGCCUGUGCGACGACUACGGGCCAUUCGACUUUCGAAGCGGGUGCGUGAGGGAUACAUGGGGUGCAUUGCUGCCCUUUUCCUUCCUUUUGGCCCUUUGUCUCUUCUCCAUUCCGUUGCCCAGCGCUCUUCGCAAAGUACACGCAAUCGUCAAGGCGCCGUUUCAGGAAUAUAUAACCUUGCAUGAGGCAGAGGCAUUGGAUGUAGAAGCUGAGGAGAAAUACGGGGAGUUGGAAUCAGUCCCACUUUGGCGCACGCUCGUGUGCGUGUUCGUCGGUAUCACCGAAACCUUCUGUUGGAUUGCGCAUGGCUCGUUCAGCCUGUACAAAGAUCCUCAGAGCGGUGUUCUUCCCUUUCUUAUCGCCCUUGUCUGGCUGUACACCGUGAUACGACCCAUUGACCGUCCGACGGCUACGCCACCCUAUGACAUGUUCACCAUCUACUUCCUCUUCCUGGUCUCUUCCGUUCUCCAAAUUGGCGGGUUGAUUUACGACCACACCGUCUUCUCCAUCCUAUAUCCUCCUCCCCUCACCAUUCUCGCCCUCGCCUCAAACCUCGUCGCAGUUAUCGGUCUGUUAUGUCUCAUACUCAGCAUGCCUCUCGCAGUUCCUAGCAACCUCAUCGAUCCAUCUGAAAUCGGCCGAUCCGUCACCCCAGAAGACUACACUUCCCUCUGGGGGUGGGUCACCUUUUUCUGGGUCAAACCCCUCGUCGACUUGGGCAGGGAUAAUACCCUGAAUGAGAGCGACGUCUGGAACCUCAGCCCAACGAUGCAAUCACGCCCGAUCUUUGUCAAGUUCAGCGCGAUUGCGCAGUCGACGCUCCUGCGCCGCCUUUGGAAAGCCAACUCGCUUGACUUGAUCCUCGAUUUCUGCUUAACUUUUGUGAGCGUAGUGUUCAACUACGCAGGUCCCUUCUUCCUCAAAUUAAUCCUCGAUGCCAUCGACUUGGAGCACCCAACUCCCGAAAGCCAAACUCGAGCGUACAUCUACGCGUUUCUGGCGUUCACGUGCACACUUCUGAAAGCCCAGGCCGACGUACAGCACCUCUGGUAUGGACGACGCGCGUCCACGAGGAUUAGAUCUGAACUUAUGGCUGCGAUAUAUGACAAGGCGCUGAAGAGGAAGGAUUUUUCGGGGGUUGUUAGUAAGGAUGAGAAGGAUAAGGAUAAGACGACGAUGGAGGGUAAUGGGAAACGAAAACGCAAGACGAAAGCUGAGAAAAAACAAGAAAAGGAAAAGGCUGCAAAGGCGGAUGAUCCGAAGGCUGGUGCGGAUGUGGGGAAGAUUGUUAAUCUUAUGGCUGGGGAUGCUAAUCGCAUCUCACAAACCGUAUCAGGCUUUUAUUUCCUCUACGGAGCACCAUUCGAAAUCCUCAUCGCCGGUGUGUUCUUGUAUCAACUACUAGGCUGGAGCGCAUUUGCGGGGUUCAUCGUCUUACUGGCGGGUUGGCCUCUGAACAGCUUCAUCGCGAAACGGAGUAUCCGGAUCCAGAAGGGCGUGUUGGCGGCGAGGGAUAAAAGGAUGGGGGUGUUGAAUGAGUUGAUUGGUGCUGUCAAGUUGAUCAAGUUCUUUGCGUGGGAGGAACGCUGGAUUGGGAGAGCGUUGGAUGCGAGGGAGGUGGAGAUGAAAUGGAUGAUUAAGGCUCGCGUCAAUUCGGUUAUGUUUUACCUCCUUUGGACGUGUGCACCCAUCUUGGUGUCCAUUGUUUCGUUCUUCGUGUUUGUUAUGCAAGGAGGCGUGUUGACGAUUAGUGUUGCGUUUACCUCUAUCGCACUUUUUGGGAUGGUUAGAACUCCGCUGAACGUCAUUCCGACUUGGAUAGUUCAAAUUCUUCAGACGGGUGUUGCGCUUAAACGUAUCUCUGUGUACCUCGACGAAGAAGAGGUUACGGACCAAGUGUCUUCUUUGAAGAAGUACUCAAACUCAACGGAGCCCCACCUCCCUGGCGGAGACGAUGAAGAGGGUUUGGGGCUGGAGAAUGCGACUCUCAAGUGGAACGAAGUCGUUGAUGUUGUGAAACAGGAGGAGGAACAGGAUAAGAUGAAGACGAAGAAUGGGGUUCUGAGCCCAAGCCCAACGUCCUCCAAUGACAAUGACGAUGUUGAAACCGCUGACGUCGAAACUGCCGCUAGCGAUUCUGGAUCGCUGUUGGCUGGGUUGGAGAUGGACCAUAAGUUCGAGCUUCGGGAUGUUACGGUUAGGUUUCCGGAGGGACAGUUGUCCGUCGUCACUGGACCUACUGCGUCCGGCAAAACGGCACUUCUUAUGGCGUUGCUGGGAGAGAUGACUUUACAACAAGGCAAGAUCAUCAUGUCCAAGAACACAUCAAGGAUCGACGAGAACGGGUACAUGCAUGCGAUUUCGUACGCUGCUCAGUCUCCGUGGUUGAGGCAUCAAUCUAUCAAAGAGAACAUUUUGUUUGGAUAUCCGCUUGAUGAGGAGCGGUAUGAUGCCGUUGUGGAGUGUUGUGCUCUCAAGCCUGAUUUGGAGAUUUUGGAGGAUGGGGAUAAGACGGAGAUUGGGGCGAGGGGUGUUAGUUUGUCGGGAGGUCAGAAGGCUAGGGUUGCUCUUGCUCGUGCGGUUUAUGCUCGUACGAAAUAUGUCCUAUUGGAUGACCCCCUUAGUGCUGUUGACAGCCAUACGUCCAGGUUUUUGUACGAGAAACUUCUCUGUGGGCCUCUGCUCGCAAACCGGACAGUUGUCCUCGUCACGCACCACGUUGAACUAGUUCUCCCCGGCGCCAACUACCUCGUCAGAAUGCUUGACGGGCGUAUUGAUACUCAAGGUCCGAUACAGGAGCUACAGGCGCAAGGUAUCCUGCAGAACAUUACGCUGGACGCCGCUGUUGAAGUCAAGAAGGAAGAGCUUGAGGAAGCGGUGGUUGUAGCUGGUGACGAUCUGGAUGUUGCUUUGAAAUCACCCCUUGAAGAGACCACGAAGAAACCGCGCAAGUUGGUCAAGGAUGAACAUCGUGAGACGGGGGGCGUCAAGUGGUCGAUAUAUAAGAGCUACCUCAAGGCUUCAUCGUAUUGGACUUGGGUGAUCUUGAGCGUUUUGAUUGUUGUUAUUCAACUGUUGGGCGUCGGUGAAAAGCUUUGGAUCAAGACUUGGGGUGAAGCGUACGGAAACAACGGAACGGCACCAUCCUUCUACGCAUUCCGAUCUUUCGCAACGGCGGAACACGAAAUCCCCAUGGAUGGACAUUUUACGUAUCACCAGUACUCGCCGUAUCAAACUAUCCCCGCCAAGAAAGGGAUCUUCGGUGUCGAAUGGCCAAGCGCGGUCGAGCACCCUUUGUUCUACAUUGGUAUCUAUUCUGCGAUUGGCUUUGCCAGUGCUCUGGCUAGUGUUUUGUCCGUCACUGCGCAGUAUACUGGGGCGUUGAGGGCUUCUCGGAUUCUGUUCAAGCGACUCCUCGUUACGGUUGUACGGGCUACGUUUAGGUUUCAUGAUACGACACCGCAAGGCCGAAUGCUCAAUCGUUUCGGAAAGGACAUCGAAACCAUCGACUCCUCUCUAGCAGGUUCGCUACAAGCCGUGAACUCUUCCCUUGCCAGUUUCUUCGCUGCCAUCAUCACCGUUGCCGUCGUAUUCCCGUACUUUUUGAUUCCAGCCUUCUUCAUUGGUUUUGCAUAUCGCGAACUAGCAAUAAGCUACUUGAAUACCGGUCGUGACCUCCGACGAAUGGAGUCCAACACGCGAUCUCCCAUCUUUUCCGAUUUUGGAGAGUUGUUGGAGGGUAUCGUCACCGUCAGAGCCUUCUCUGCAGAGCGGCGAUUCCUAAACAACCUCCACAAGAGGAUUGACACGACUACCAAGAUGUGGUACACUUUUUGGAUGACUAAUCGGUGGCUCCUGUUAAAUUUCGACGCCCUGGGAGCUGUAGCUGUCCUGGUGUCGACCUUGUUCUCUAUCGCCACGCUCACCGAUGGGGCUGGUCUUGCUGGUCUUUGUAUCACAAGUGCUAUGGCUUUCACAUCUUCAGUUUAUUGGGCAUGUCGAUUCUGGACUGCUUUGGAACUGGAUCUCAACUCCGUUGAACGUGUUGUCGAAUAUCUGGACCUUCCACAAGAGCCACCUGCCGUCAUCGAAUCCAACCGCGUUCCCGCUUACUGGCCCUCAAGUUCUGACAACGACGCCCUUAUUCGGGUUGAGAACCUCGAAGUCAAGUAUGCUUCGGAUCUCCCUGCCGUGCUUCACGAUGUUUCCUUUACCCUGAAGGCGGGUGAGAGUGUCGGUCUCCUGGGUCGUACUGGAAGCGGAAAAUCAACCUUGGCAAUGAGUAUCCUGAGAUUCGCUGAUCCUUCCAGCGGCCGUAUUAUCAUUGACGGAAUUGAUAUAUCUACAAUUGGUAUUCAUGAUCUCCGUUCGAGAUUGACUUUCAUACCCCAAGACGCUACGUUGUUCUCGGGCACUCUCCGAGACAAUCUUGAUCCGUUUGGCGAACACACCGACAGUGAAUGUCUCGACGUCCUCCGCCGUGUUCAAAUGAUCACGGACAGCCCUCAACAAGUUUCCCGAGAACCAUCUGCCUCUUCUUCUCGUGCCUCUUCCAGGCCAGCAUCUAUCCGCGAUGUGGAAAGAGGGAGCACAGUUGGCUCUGUGUCUACUACGACCGAAGUAGACUCGAAAACUACCGUCACGCUGGACACCAAAGUUUCGGCUGGGGGAACUAAUUUCUCCCAAGGUCAACGGCAACUUAUCGCCAUGGCCCGCGCGUUACUACGGCGCUCCUCAAUUAUCGUUUUGGAUGAAGCUACGAGUAGUAUUGAUUUCGCAACCGAUGCGAAGAUCCAGGCUACCAUUCGCGAAGAGUUUAACGACUCCCUUUUACUGACAGUUGCUCACCGUCUCCGCACCGUUAUCGAUUAUGACCGCCUCAUCGUUUUAGACAAGGGACAUAUCGUCGAGUUUGAUUCUCCGUGGAAUCUUAUACGAAAGGAGGAUGGAAUCUUCCGCGGCAUGUGCUUGAAGAGUGGAUCUUUCAGUGAGUUGGAGGCGGCUGCGAAGGCCAAGGCGGAGCAGCAGUGA